AUGGAAGAAGCACGGCUUGACCAUGAGAAACCUCUCGGGAAUCCAGAAACACCAUCCGACCAAGGUGAGGGCCUCACUUCAGCAGUUGCGACAGCCGAAAUACCGCCAGAUGUUUCCGACACUCCCCAGCCCGAGAUGCAUACAGAAGAUGCAAUGGAAGGGCAUUCCGCACCUUCAACAUCCUCGUCUCGUCGACAAUCUGAAACAGAAAGAUAUCUACAAGAUACAGUCGAAGAAGAUAGCCCAGCAGGCACGAAGUCAUCAUCCAGUCGAUCCUCGCUUUCGUCAAUUCCAGAUUCUGUUCUGGUACAUCCUAAAGAACAAUCCGUAUAUGGCAGAGACAGCAUAGGGGAAAUGUAUGAGGAGCAAGAGGAAUACAGGUCAUAUGGCAGUCCGGUCCACCAAAAAAUACGCGAUCGCAAUUCUCCCUUUCGACAUCCAAGCUCAGUCAAAGCAAUACUGAUGCAGACCGAAGACGAGGAAGAUGAAGAUAUCAUGUCAAGACGUAAAUCAAUGUUCCGUGGCUCACCUACUUCGGUACGGUCGCUUGGUUCACCGCUUCUCAGACGACAGGGUUACCACUCGGCUGGAGGAACGCCGAAAAGGUCACCGAUCAAAAGAGAAAACCCACUUGUCUUAUUACAUUGCACGAUCAUUCAGCCAACUGUGGUCCUUGCCCCAGGAAUGACUUUGCCGGAUAGGCAGAUCCUCGAAAAAGUUCUGCCACCUUUGUAUUGGCGGCGAUGGAAAUUGUUGGAGGAAAAGAUCAUAGCCUCUGGCCUACUACGUGAUCGUGGCUUACUUAUUCAACACCCUCAAGAAGACUAUGGACUGCUAGAGGAACGACUGCUAGAAAGCUUGGAAUUGCAGAAGCCGAGAUUGGAGAAUGGCCAUUUCAAUAAUCACGAGACAAGUGAAUCCGAAAGCGAAGAUAUCUCGGAGAACCCGCAAGACUCAAGAGAAGAGAAUAAAGGAGCCUGUGUGGAUUGCGGUUGUCAUGUGAAUCAUCGAGACAAUUUGAGAAAGUGGGACGUCAAAUUCUAUGCAGCAAAUGGCUUGAUGAGGGAAGGCGCCUGGACGGCAGCGUGGAAAGAGAUUGAGCGUGUGGACGUGCAAGUCAGUCUGUGGCUGCCAUACGAGGUCAAAUUCGAGGUCGAACAGAGAAUAAAGGAGGAGAACCUUCUCGCAGUGGAAAAGGAACAGAUCCAAGUGACAAAGCCGAUGGUGAACCAGGCGGAGCCCAACCGUCAAACUAGAAUUACACAGGAGGAGAUUGAUGGCUUGGGCGGCGGAGUCCACGAUAGAACGAAAAGUCCCCCAAGGCACGAGCCGCAGAAAUUUGAACGUGAUAUUCCAGCCUAUGACCAUGAUCCCGAUUUACAUACUCUCAUCAUCAAGUCCCUACGGGUCCUAGCAAGCGAUCGACGAAACAUUAUUACCGCUGUUAGUAUGCUCAUCGCCGUCCUCGCAGUCGUCUUUGGCGGCCGCCCGAUUAGACGCACUCACGGAUCCGACGUUGUCCAGUUCGGGGAUUUCCCAGCAGUUAGUACUCAUGUAUACCUAACCAGUUCUACAUCAGUCCUGACUCAAAUUUCGACAGAAGUCCCUGUUUCUAAAAGUGAGAGCUGCGUGGAGAGGCUUGGUCAAGUUCAACGAGUGGUUAAAGGGGUAGAGGAGGUUGUUCCAUCGGUAGAUGCAGUCGUGCAGCCGGUGGAACAACCACACGACGAGAUUACAGUUGUUGAAACACAUGAACAAGAGGCGAUACCGGUGCCUGCAGUUGGAACACAUAUUGGGAUCAUCGAACCCCUGACAGAAACAACAACGGCUGAAGUCCCCGAAAACACGCCUUCCAUUGACCGUAAUGAGUCGGUUGAUAAGCUUCCGGAGGCAACCCACGUCAGCGCUGCCGCCGCUGAAAACAAUGACUCUGCCAUUGGUCAAGGUGACGACUCUUGUAUAACUCAAAUAGAGAACCCUGCAGUCAUUCAAGAUGAUGACCCUGUUGCUGCACAAGAAUAUGAAGACGAUGAACCCGCUACUAUUACCAGCGCCCCUCAACACAAUGAUUCUACCGGUACCCAAGAUGAUGAGUUUACUAUCACUCGGAUAGAGGGUCCUGCCAUUACUGAAGAUGAUAGCCGUGUUCCUGCACACGAUGAUAAAGCCGACGAGCCCGCUAUUAUUCUCAAUGCCCCUCAACACAACGAUUCCGCUCCCGGUCAAGACGAUAAUUACUCCAUUAAGCCCGAGAAAGUUACCAUUACCGAGAGUAACGAGCCUGUCGUCGCUUACGAAGAUGAUCAUACCAAGCUUCAAAUUGACAUCAACGAAACCGUUUGA